AUGGCGGCAUUAGCUUCCGGCAGCACUACGUCGCCGCGGGCGCUGGAGCUGGAGCUCCACCGCAGCGGGCGUUUCUCGGACAAGGCCUCAUCGUCGGGCGGUGCGGAGUCCAGUGCGGUGGCGGCCGAGGGUGGCUGCGAGGCCGAGGAGGGCGUGCUUGACCUGGACUCCCCGUGGGUGGCGGCGACCGAGGCGGAAUCAAGGCUGGAGGAGGCGGCUACGGCUGCGGGGGUGGGACUCUGCCUCCUCGCCGAUGAGGAGCUGGAGGAAUACGAGAUACGAGACAACCAGCAGCGGCAGGAGGACGAGCUGACGGCAUUGGAGGCAAUAUAUGGUGAUGAUCUGAUUGUGUUUGAAAACAAAGGAGGGCUCAGAAGUUUUCAGAUUUACAUACAUUAUCAUUUGCCUGAUGGCAUCAAAGUGUGCGCUAAGCUUUCAGCACCUAAUGCUAGCCCCAGGGAUGUAGGAUGGUGUGACGAUUAUAAGCAUGACGAUGGACAUGGACCUGACGAGUUCUCCUACACCUGCGAUUUCGAGUACCUGCCUCCUUUGAUAUUGACAUGCCUUCUUCCACGGUCCUAUCCUAGCAAAGACCCCCCAAGUUUCGCUGUCACUGCUAAGUGGAUGGAUGGGCCUUAUGUUUCUCAACUCUGUCAGAUGCUUGACACUAUUUGGGCGGGGCUGCCAGGGCAGGAAGUCGUAUAUCAAUGGGUUGAAUGGCUACAUAAUUCUUCCAUGUCUUAUCUUUGGAUUGAUGGAAACAUGACACUGGGCCCAGAUAUUGUCAACCACAAUGGAGAUAACCGUGCAAUCUCAACAACAAACUCACUGGAGUCUGUAAUCCCUUUGAUGCUGAACUACAGUAGUAAGAAGCGUUAUCAAGCUUUUCUUGAGGCUAUCCAUAUGUGCAUGAUAUGUCUUAACCAGACCAAAGAUUCACAUCUCCAACAACAAUUCCCUCUUCUUGUUCUAGCGUGUAUGGAGACCUUGUGCAGACUGCAUGUCAAGGAAGGUAGUGUAUUUCAGUUGGUAUGCCCUGAUAGCAAGUGCAAAGAUUCAAUUCCACCAUAUGUGCUGAAGAGGCUUCUUACAGAAGCAGAAUAUGAGCGUUGGGAUAGGCUUCUCCUUCAGAAAACACUGGACUCAAUGUCAAACGUGGUUUACUGUCCAAAUUGUGUGAUCGGUUGCAUGGAAGAUGACGAAAACAAUGCACAAUGCCCAAAAUGCUCCUUUAUCUUCUGUUCGUUCUGUAAGGGGCCAUGUCAUCCAGGGAAGAAGUGUUUAACUCCUGAAGAAAAGAUACAGCUCCGAAAGGUUUCAGGCAGGAUGACUGAGAAGGAGAUGGCGCAGGAACUGUUCAACACAGACAACUGUACAAGGAUGUUCGGCUGUGCCCGAAAUGCCGAAUGGCCAUCGCCAAAACUGAAGGGUGCAACAAAAUGGGAUCAGGACUGCAAACUCUUUGCGGCGAGAGACAUAGCGGAGUGGGAGAGGCAAAUGGCAGAGAUACAACCUGAACGCCUGAUGAGAAACGCAGCACGCCCAAUUGGUUCUACCGUCAGAUGCCACAAAUGCCGUGCACAGAACUUUAAGAAAGAUGAGAAGUACAUGUGA